CCGUCAAUUGCGACUUGGAAUUACUAUCCAUCCAUCCAACAAAGCAAAGCAAAGCAAAGCAAAGCAAAGCAAAGCAAGCUUCUUCUACUACUCUUUUCAUCAUCGCAUUCCAAAACCUCUCCACACAAAUCUAUCUAUCCCACAUUCUUCAACAACCACCACCAUCAAAAUGACUAUCCCUUAUCCCUUGAUCGGCCCUGAAUCCUACGGCCUUGGCUCCAAGCAGGCUCGUCGCAACCGCAGUGCCUGCAGCACCCCUCGCAGCGUUGACAGCAACGUCAUUGAUGCUGCUUUCGCCAAGGAAGUCCAGUCUACCAACGCCUCCCAAGAGCAUUUGGAUUCUUGUGCCAGCAGCAACAAGUCUGAGAAGAAGUGGAAGGCUAGAUUCUCGAGGAAGUUCUUCCACUUCGCUUGAACUACACCACACUAUACACAACAUUACACUACGAACGAAAACAUCAUAAUCAACAACAACAAUAAUGAAUCGCUGGACGGAAUAUAGCAAAGCAAAGCAAAGCAAGCAAAGCAUGGGUGUUUAGAUGGAUUGGAUUGCAUAGUC